AUGGCUGGGCAGGCUGAAGACGACGCCUUCAAGCAAUGCCUCGAGUACAACCAGCGCUGGGCGGCCGACACCGCCAAAAACGACCCCGACUUCUUCCCUAGCCUCGCAAAGGGACAAGCACCCCAAAUCCUCUGGCUCGGCUGCUCUGAUGCGCGCAAGCCCGAGACCACCAUUCUCGGCCUCAAGCCCGGCGACGUCUUUACCCAUCGCAACAUCGCCAACGUCAUCAACCCGACCGACCUCAGCCUGCUGAGCGUCGUCGAGUUCGCCGUCCGCCACAUCAAAGUCAAGCACGUGGUCGUGUGCGGACACACGAGCUGCGGCGGCGUGGCCGCGACGCUGAACAACAACAAGCUCGGCGUGUUGGAUCUGUGGCUACAGCCGAUGCGUAUGCUGCGGGAGAAGCACGCGGGUGAGCUGGCGAAGCUCGAGGGCAAGGACAAGAGCAAUUACAUGGCGAAGUUGAAUGUGCAGCAAGGCGUGGGGAAUCUUAGGAGGAUACCGACGGUGAUUGAGGCUAUGCAGGAGCGUGGCUUGCAGAUUCACGGGGUGAUUUAUGAUCUUGGGACGGGAUUGCUGGAGGAUCUAGAGUGUGGCGAGGAUGAGGAUGCGGUGAAGAACCGGAUUGCUGCGUUCGAGACGAAGUGA